AUGGGCAGGCAGUGUGACCCUGGCACUUCCCACCAGAAGGCUCAUUUCAUCAUCUCUUACCCAAAGGAGCCAGACAGUGGCCAACCCCUGAACAACCAUGAUGUCCCUCCCUUUCGCAAACCCCGAAGGCCCCAGGAGACCUUCAAAAAGGUGGGGAUCCCCAUCAUUGCCGUGCUGCUGAGCCUGAUGGCCCUCGUGGUUGCUGCCCUCCUCAUCAAGGUGGUUCUGGAUAAGUACUACUUCAUCUGCGGAAAUCCCCUGACCUUCAUUCAGAGGGGCCAGUUGUGUGAUGGCCACCUUGACUGUGCUUCGGGCGAGGAUGAAGGACACUGUGUCGAGAACUUCCCUGAGAAGCCGAGGGUGGCAGUCCGACUCUCCAAGGACAGAUCCACCCUGCAGGUGCUGGAUGCAGCCACAGGGACCUGGGCCUCGGCCUGUUUCGACAACUUCACAGAAGCACUGGCCAAGACAGCCUGCAGACAGAUGGGCUAUGACAGCCAACCCACUUUCAGAGCAGUGGAGAUUGGCCCAGACCAGAACGUCCCUGUCGCUCAAGUCACAGGAAACAGCCAGGAACUUCAGAUGCAGAAUGGAAGCAGAUCCUGCCUCUCAGGCUCCCUGGUUUCCCUGCACUGCCUUGACUGUGGAAAGAGCAUGAAGACUCCUCGCGUGGUGGGCGGGGUGGAGGCCCCUGUGGAUUCUUGGCCGUGGCAGGUCAGCAUCCAGUACAACAGGCAGCACGUCUGUGGUGGGAGCAUCCUGGAUCCCCACUGGGUCCUCACAGCAGCCCAUUGCUUCAGGAAGUAUCUCGAUGUGUCCAGCUGGAAGGUGAGGGCCGGCUCAAACAAACUGGGUAACUCUCCAUCCUUGCCUAUAGCCAAGAUCUUCAUCGCUGAACCCAAUCCCCUGUACCCCAAAGAGAAGGACAUAGCCCUUGUUAAGCUGCAGACGCCACUCACAUUCUCAGGAUCAGUCAGGCCCAUCUGCCUGCCCUUCUCUGAUGAAGUGCUCCUCCCAGACACACCAGUCUGGGUCAUCGGAUGGGGUUUUACAGAGGAAAACGGAGGGAAGAUGUCCGACACGCUGCUGCAGGGGUCGGUCCAGAUCAUUGACAGCACACGAUGCAAUGCAGAGGAUGCCUACGAGGGGGAAGUGACGGCUGAGAUGCUGUGCGCAGGUAUCCCACAGGGUGGCACCGACACCUGCCAGGGUGACAGUGGUGGGCCUUUGAUGUACCAUUCUGACAAGUGGCAGGUCGUAGGCAUUGUGAGCUGGGGCCAUGGCUGCGGGGGCCCAAGCACUCCAGGAGUGUACACCAAGGUCACCGCCUAUCUCGACUGGAUCUACAACGUUCGGAAGUCUGAGAUGUAACACUGCUAUCUGCCACGUCCAGAAGCUACUUUCCCUCAGACCUGCCCACUGCAUGAUCCCUCAAAGUCGGACAUGGGACAAGAGCCUCCUUGAACAAACUCUGGUAUUCCUGCAGCAACCAAGGCCUCAGACAUACACAUUGCAGAAGCUCCCGGAGUGGAGUCAGAUAAGCUGAGCCUCUCCUGCAUCUCCCAAACCCUGGGAGACACGUGGUCCAUGGAGUGAAGCCAGGCCAUUGACUCAAUUCUCAGAAGUGUUAUUCAGCCAAGGAGGUGCUUCCCUUCUACUGAAGGAAGGGGACUCAGCUCUCCUGAGAGGCCAGGUCACUGGUUGAGUAGACAAGGCAAGGGUCAGAAAAGCCUUUGUCAUCUUUGCCCAGUCCUGAAAGCACUGGGGUAAGAGAUCAGUCAGUUCUGAAGCAAGGUGUAUAUUUUAGUGUCAGGGUACUGUUAUGGUCACCCCUGUUGUCGACAUCAUUAAACAGGUAUGAGAAAUAGCUGGCGUAGACUUCCUGGACUGCUUGUUAAGAAUCCAACUAAGGCUGACACACCUUUAGUCUUGGCCUGGUGUUGCACGACCGUUCCCCAGAAAAUGUGAACAAAUGUCCAUCUGUCAUAGAGCACCAAUGACAAGCCAAAGAAAUUAUUCUGCCUGAGUCUCGAUUGCUGAACCAGUAAGUUUGCUGCAGUUUCUUGCAGAUGCAUGGGUAACUUGAAGGUGGCUGCUUCACCAACAAGCCCUCCCCCAGCAUACAUGAAAGAGACAUCACUGAAAUUCUCUGCACAGCGUUCAGACAGUUUCACUGUGAAACUCUGUCCUGUGUACCACGUCUCCCCUGGCAAUUGGUGGACUGCUUGCGUGUACUUGGAAAGGACCUCACCAGUCUUAUGACUCUGGGUUUCUUGCACCUCUAGGUCUCAUUAGCUUUCUGUGUCUCAUAAGCCUCCCUCCUCUUUCCAGGAAGGAGCAUUGCAUUCCUUGUAGAUACAUACAAUGCUCCGCCCCUUCUUCUGGCUCUUA